AUGUCUCGGCUCAGACCGCCUCAAGGCGUACUGACGUGCUUCUGCCUCGUCGCUCUCUCACUCUGCCUGGCUCCCUUGACCAUCGCGCAGUGCGUCUUUGUCUACCUCCGAACGCAGCAUCGAUCCAACGGCGAUGCUGCGCAAGCAAGACGAUCUGCUGGUCGGAAUGGCAGAGAAGAUGCGUCGCAAGGACCCAUCGCGCUGGUGAAUGGUGGAAAGAUGCAAAAGGCGUUGUACGUCGUUCGUGCGCUUCACAGGCAAGGAUAUCGAGUGGUCUUGGUCGAAGAGCGUGGAUGGGGGGAGCUUUGCGCUACUCGAUUCUCAAACAGCGUGCAUCGUUUCGAACUGGUGCCGGGCGGAGGGGGCCAAGCGUACAUUGACGCUCUGGUGGAUCUGGCUAUUCGAUUGAACGCAAAGUUGUUCAUCCCAUGCAGUGGGGCUGGCACCACGAUCGAAGAUGCCAAGGCUGCCGAGCUGAUGAGGGCCAGGGGCAAGGUUCGAACGUUGAUUCAGGAUGCCGAUUUGGCCGAGGCUCUGCACGAAAAGGAUCGAUUUGUCGAUCUGGUGCACGAGCUAGGCCUUCAAGCUCCCACUUCCACCAUGCUGCACACACCAGACGAAGCUCUUGCUCAUCUGCGCGCACAAGACGCUUCACGAGGCGGCGUCUUGCUCAAGGCUGCCACUGUUCUCGACGAUGUGGGUCGGUCCGACAUGACGACUUACCCGCUUCAAGAUUGCGACGGACAAGUUGACUGGGAAGCUACGGAAAGGAAGAUCAAGUCGGGAUUGAGCAUACCCCUUUCAAAGGACACGCCAUAUGUUGCGCAGGAAUUUAUCGGCGGGGAAAAUGCUUCUGAGUGGUGCACGCAUGCCACGGUGUGGAAUGGCACCAUCACCGCCUUUGUGUGCUGCCCUAGCAACGACCUCUUGAUGACGUACCACGACGCGACGCACGCUCGAAUCGGUCAACUAACACUUCAAUGGACGCGCGAUUUUCUAGCGCGUCUCUCAUCACAUCCAAAAUGGUCUUUCACCAGACUGACCGGUCAAUUCUCCAUGGACUUCAUCUAUCAGCCCGCCAGGCAGAGGUUGGUGGUGAUCGAGUGCAAUCCGCGCGUCCAUACCGCCAUCUGCUUGCUGAGGGAACGAAAGGAGCUGGGUCGAGCUCUGGAUGGAGCUCAAGAUGAGCUUGUAGUGCCUACUGAAGGGACUCGGACGGUCUCGUGGGUCGGUCACGACAUCUUUGCCAGGCUGCUACCUAGCGUACUUUCCCGCAGUAUAGUCGAACAUCUCUACGGCUCAGCGGGUCUGCAGUCCUCUGCACCGACAAGAUUUGUGCCGUCCAACAAGGACCAAAGGGGGCACGCGGAUCGCUCCUACGAUUUGGAGCAGGUGGGACUGGACGGAGCAUGGGACGAAGAGGACCCUUUGACCUAUUUUGCCCUGUACCAUAUCCAAUGGCCAGCGCUUCUGCUUCGACAGGCGCUCUUGCGGCGCAAAGCCUUUUCUCGCAUAAAUGUCAGCACGGCCAGGAUAUUCGAAUGUUGA